AGGACCACAAUCCUGGGCCUCGCCCGUCUCUUGCCGCUCCCAUUUGCAAGUGCAGCUCCCCUGGGUUUAUGGGCAGAGAGGCGCGUCGAUGCGGCCGGACACACACAUGACGCCCCGGACGGCUUCGACGACCCCAACCUCUGGAUCUACCUGGCCAUUGCCGUCUUGUUGGUCUUGCUCGGAGGCGUCUUUGCAGGGUUGACGAUUGCGUACAUGGGCCAGGAUGAGACCUAUCUACACGUCAUCGCCCACUCCGGCGAGGGAAGCGAGCGAAAGCACGCCCUCAAGGUUCAAGAGUUGCUGAAGCGCGGCAAACAUUGGGUCCUGGUCACAUUACUGCUCAGCAAUGUCAUUACCAACGAGACGCUGCCCAUCGUGCUCGAUCGGAGCCUCGGCGGUGGGUGGCCGGCCGUGUUUUCGAGUACCGUAUUGAUUGUCAUCUUCGGCGAGGUUGUCCCGCAGUCCAUCUGCGUCCGCUACGGCCUAUCCGUCGGUGCCUUCAUGAAACCAUUCGUUCUGAGUCUCAUGUGGAUCAUGUGUCCCGUCGCCUGGCCGACCGCCAAACUACUCGAUUACCUCCUCGGCGAAGACCACGGCACCCUCUACAAAAAGGCCGGGUUGAAGACGCUGGUGCAGCUGCACAAGACCCUCCCCUCGGCUGAUCAGCUCAUGCAAGACGAGGUCACCAUCAUCAGCAGCGUCUUGGACCUGAAGGAUAAACCCGUUGAGGAGGUCAUGACUCCUAUGCAGGACGUCUUCACCAUGAGCGCCGACACCGUGCUCGACGAAAAAAUGAUGGACAUCAUCCUGUCGCAGGGCUACUCCCGCAUCCCCAUCCACGUGCCCGACAACGAACAAAACUUCAUCGGCAUGCUGCUCGUCAAAAUCUUGAUCCCCUACGACCCCGAGGACUGCCUGCGCGUCAGGGACUUCGCCCUGGCGACUCUCCCAGAGACGAGGCCCAACACGUCAUGUCUCGACAUCCUCAACUAUUUCCAGGAGGGCAAGAGCCACAUGGUGCUGGUGUCGGAGUAUCCGGGGACGAGUAAGGGGGCCCUCGGCGUCAUCACCCUGGAGGACGUCAUCGAGGAGCUCAUCGGCGAGGAGAUCAUUGACGAAUCGGAUGUCUUCGUCGACGUCCACAAGGCCAUCCGCCGUAUCGCCCCAGCGCCGAAGUCAAAGUUCGGCCGGUACGGCCACGACCAAACCCACAGCGACCGCGAAGGCGAUGGAAAAGACGCCGGCGAGGACUCGCCUUUGCUGGCCCCGCACAAGCCCGAUCCGCCACGGAAGACCAUGCAGACGACCUUCCUCAUGCGGCGACGCAGCAGUGCCGCAUCGGACUCGACCCAUACGACCCUUAAACCGGUCGCGGUGCGAGGAAACACGACGGAUAUGAAGCAACACCUCAAACACCUCGGACCCAGCAAUGCUGCAAGCCGGCCGAAAACGACCAAGUUCUCUGCCGUGAAGAUCAAACCGGGGGCGGCGAUUGACGACGCUGCCGACAGGAAAUCCUCCACGAUCGACUCCGAAACCCUUUCCCAACAUGCAUCCCUCGAUGUUCGGGACCACGAACCGGAAGUGCUCCAGGAGGGGGGUGUGAACCACGCCGACGCGUCAGAUGGCGCUGUGGCGCUACACAUCCAGUCCGGCUAUGGUACGAUGGAGAAUGUCCCGUCGGCCGACACGAUCCCCGCGUCCGAGGCAUCCACAAAAGCCAAGGAGAACACCGAGGUCGAAUCCCCCACCGGGCACGCGCCACUUGUCCAUUCCAACUCCAUGUCUGCAGUCGAGGGCUCAGGCACUGCCCAGGCAGGUGCUUCGUCGCUCUACUCUCUCAGACAGCCGGACAGAUUGGUCGGUAGUACCGGCGAUCUGAACAGCGCUGGCGACCGCAUCACCCCAGUCCGACGCAAAGCCCGCUCGGGCAGCAUCACAGAGACCAUGGUAGAAUCCGGUGGGAUCCGCAAGUACGUCUUGGAGACAACCUCGUCAUCUUCCGAGGAAGCCGAGGACGAAUCGCCCGUAGCGCGAGCUACCGAGAACGGCGCAACAGCAGUAUUUUCGGACGGCGAGCCGUCGACAGGAGACAAUUCUCGCGUAGAAGGCGGCGAGUUGGUGAAUGGCAAGAAGCGACGGAAGAAGCGUGGA